AUGGUUGGUACGUCGUCUAACAAGCGGAUGAAGAUGGCUGGUAUCAUCGAUGUUGAGUCCCUGGUGUCCCUGCCGUCUGAUUUGUUGUUGCUAAUUUUUGGAAAGGUUGCAUAUGAUUCAAUUGAAGAUAUAACCAACAUCAAAUUGACUUGCAUCGGGUUUCUUCGACUUGUUGAGACAGAUUAUGUUUACGAACGUGUUUCGUUGGACAAAUUUGCGGUGGGGCCAUUGGAAAGGGUUACCAAUGCAAAACCUUUUCUUCAUCGAGUGAGGGUCAUCGGUGAUGAUGAAGAUGAUGCGUUCUUCAACCCACUGCAAGUUCUGAAAAGAAAACGCCAAGUAUAUUUUUUGCAGCGUUGUAGGGAGUGUGGCAAUCCUGAAGUAUUGUAUCGUGAGGGCUUGGUCAAUUACUUUCGGGAAACAUCGAGUUCGGAGAUGCAAGCGGUGGCCCUUGAAGGCAUUAGGACUGCAGCACUGAAAGAUCACCAAGAAGCCAAGUACGCAUGUUCCAUCAUAUUGAUGGCUGGUGUUGAUGAAGAUCAGAGGGCUGUGGGCUUUGAAUUUUUUUGCACGCUGGAUGAUGCCCACAUUUUGAGGCAUUGCAGACGACGUGUUAGACUUUUCAUCAGGGCAUUAUGGGUGCGCAGGGAGAUGGUUUAUCACGGAUUCCCUAUAUGCAAUCCUCGCAUAUGCGAAAUGCGAUUUAUUAAGGAUGAACCUUCCUCAUCGGAGAAUAAUGAGAUUAAUAACAUGCUUAGGAAUAAGAUUUGUCAACGUUGUAAGGCGGAUAUUGAGGUCUACUUAUUUUGUAUAAUGACUAUAAUCUAA